AUCUACAAAAAAACUGUUACGCGAGCCAUGCUGCGUGUAUGAAGUCUAUGUGGUGCCCCUGUGAAUUCCUGAGUUCUCCCUGCGGAUCUGUACAGAACGUAUUGUGAAAAAACUAGUUUUAGGAGCUGUUUACAGACUGACUACGCAGGCGCAAGAUUUCUCGCGUGAGAGUGAACAGUUUCUGUAUUUAGUAUAUGUUUAUUUGUCUUGCAAGUGUAACCGUGCUAACCCUGCUUAUAAUUCUAGGAUCACUGCGAUUGAAGUCUUGGAGAAAUAAACGUUCGGAACCUUAUUAUUAUCCUUUGUUAUGGAGAGCGUUGAGAGGAGGAAGGCUUACAAUCCAAUCUUGAGAAAUACCGCACGGGUGUGUGAGGAUAAGAUUUGUGGACAGUUCCUUGUAGCAGGAAGAAAUUUAAAGGCAGGAGAUUUAAUCCUAGACGAGGAGGUGGGACUUUUAGGCCCGCCCUCAGGAGAACCUAGACCAGAUAAUAUCUGUCUAGGAUGCUACUUCCCCGCCCCUUCAUACACUUGCUCAACCUGCCACGCCCCCAUCUGUGGACCCUCAUGUGAGAAAAAAUCCGACCAUACUCAGGAGUGCAAAAUGGUGGAGAAGUUUAAGCUCUGCGAACAGCUGGAUAGAGAUCAACUUUAUGGAAUAAUAACUCCUAUUAGAUUUCUAUCUCUACAGCAAAGCAACAAACACCUUUAUAAAAAGUGUCUGGAACUAUCUACCAACCUAGAGACUAGACGGCUUCAACCAGAGUUCAUGAAGUACACUGAGAAAGCCAGGCUUUAUGCCGGGCUCCUGCAUGGUUGGACAACAGAGGAGGAAAUGUUAAAAAUUCUUACAAUUUUGGAUACAAACACAUUUCAGGUUCUAGCUCAGGGGAGUGCUGAAACCCUCUCAGGAUUAUAUCCAAGAAUAUCCAAACUUAAUCAUAGCUGUAUCCCUAACUCAAGGACAGUGUUUCGUGGGGAUUAUUCUCUUCAGAUAAUCGCUUGUGUGAAUAUACAGAAAGGGUCCCCGAUCUACAUAUCCUAUACUCCUCCUUUUUAUACAACACAUUCUAGGAGGAAAAUCCUUGAACGAGGAAAACAGUUCCUCUGUGAUUGUGUACGUUGCCAGGAUCCUCAAGAACUCGGAACCAUGAUGUCAGGUCUCUCCUGUGGGUCUUGCAAAUCAGAUUUCUUACUCAGAUGUCUGGCGGGCGAGGAUACAGUUUACGCCUGUAGGAAUUGUGGAAACCAAAUCUGUGAAAACGAAUUUAGAAAAAUUGAUGAAACCCUGCUAUCGGUUCAAACUAAUAUUUAUAAGGAAAAUGUUGAAAAGAUGCAGGAAAUUCUUUUUAAAUAUUCAGAUAUUUUGCAUCCAAAUCAUGCCUUGCUAGCAGAAACUAAACAACAUCUUGCAGCAGCCAUUGGCCGGGUUCCUGGAUACAGAUAUGAACAGCUAGACUUGGAUACACUGAGACUUAAAGUGGAUAUAAGCACUGAUCUAUUGGAUAUCUUGAGUAUCCUAGAGCCUGGAAUAUCCAAAUCUCGUGGAAUAACUCUCCUUGAUCUGACAGAAGCAAAAUCAAGACUUUUGAGACGAGAAUGCAGUAGUGAAAAUGAUCUAAGGAUAGGAUUUAAGCAGAUAGAGCAGAUGCUUGAGGAGAGUAAUACAAUACUCAGCUACGAAGACGAAGGUGCUAUAGAAGGAAACGUGGCAAAGCUCGCGCGCACACAGUUGGAAACUAUUAGAUUGUUCAAUAAAGCUCUCAACGGUUCUAGAUGAAACAAGUAUGAAGAUAUAAAUAUUAAAAAAACUGUUCAUCUACGUAAUUUUGACAAUAUGUAUAGCGUACUGUAUAUGUCAAUCUCGGUUUCUGAUCCUUCCUUUUUAAAUUUCAAAUUUGUCAUGAAAAACCUUGGUUCUGGUUUUGCAAUACAUGAACCCUUAUAUUCCGUCCUUACCCCUUCUCUUUAAUUCUGAAGAUCUAUUGCUUAAAUUAAAUCUUUCACAUGGUACUUAAUUGGUGUUUUUAAGUAUUUAAAAAACUCCAACUCCAACUCCAAUUACAUUUUAGAAUUUAAAUGAUAAAUAUGUUGUGCAAAGAUGGAUCGUUAAUGUCGUCUUUUUUUAAGGAAGACUUUGUUAAACAUGUUUGCACCAUGAACAUUUGUAUAUUUUGUAUUUCUUAAAUGUGUGAGAAUAAAUUGUUCUAAUA